AUGAAGGGUAUUAUAAUCAUUGAGGGGAAGGAAUCGGGUCCCUGGCGACAAGCUGGUUCGGAAUCUCGUAAGCAGAGCGCAAAGGGGAAAGAGAAAGGGGGGGAGAGAGGGAGGAAGGAGGACACUUCCAAACCCUAAUUCUCCUCUCUCCGACGCCCUUUCGAACGAUUGCUUUUCGGAUUUCUAGGGUUUCCGCAACGAACUCAGGAUGCAUAAAUUGGGAAGAGGACACCGUGACAAAGUUCAGCAAUUCAUGGCAAUAACUGGAACCAGUGAGAAGGUUGCUCUUCAAUCUUUGAAAGCCAGUGAUUGGCAUUUGGAGGGGGCUUUUGACUUUUUCUAUAGCCAACCGCAAAUUAGAGCAGUGACUGACUCUAGACAUCUUGAAGAGCUUUACAAUAGAUACAAAGACCCUUAUGUUGAUAUGAUCAUGGUUGAUGGUGUAUCUCUUCUUUGCAAUGAUUUGCAGGUGGAUCCUCAAGAUAUUGUAAUGUUGGUUGUAUCCUGGCAUAUGAAGGCUGCCACAAUGUGUGAGUUCUCUCGGCAGGAGUUUAUAAGUGGAUUACAAUCAGUUGGGAUAGAUUCAAUUGAAAAAUUUCGUGAAAAAUUACCAUCACUGCGUACUGAGCUUAAAGAUGAAAAUAAAUUUUGUGAGAUAUACAACUUCGCAUUUGGUUGGGCUAAAGAGAAGGGUCAAAAAUCUCUGGCACUGGAUACAGCUAUUGGCAUGUGGCAGUUACUUUUUGCUGAAAAGCAUUGGCCCUUAGUUGACCAUUGGUGCCAGUUCUUACAAGUCAGGCAUAACAAGGCAAUCUCAAGGGACACCUGGUCUCAGCUAUUGGAAUUUGUCAAGACAAUUGAUCCUCAACUAUCCAACUAUGAUGCAGAGGGUGCGUGGCCUUAUCUGAUUGAUGAAUUCGUGGAGUACUUAUUCGAGCAUGGGAUCAUCCAGCGUAAAAAUUGAAAGGUAGUUGAGAAAUGCAUUGGGGCAUUGGUCAUAGCACACAAAUGUACAUCAUUAUCAAUUUCGUUUCAAUGUCUAAAUAACCAUAAUUUGGCACUGGUUGCUCAUAAAUCUCAUCAGUUGCUGCAUAAAAUUGACUUCACAAAAAACACUGAUGCAACAUUGGAAACUUGUGUGAAUCUGAGAACCUGGUGAUGGAAGAAAAUAUUCUACUCGUCUGGCUAGUCCAGUGAGUAUAUAUUAUUGGUAUUAGUGAUUCAACAAUGUCCAUGGUUACCAUAUGGUGAUUGACUUUUA